CCUCGACUGAAACCAGUCACCUUCCGCCACACCGCCCCCGCUUGUCCGGAGGACUACAUAGCUGACCACGGCUUCAUCCCGGCGAGGAGCAAGUGACAGAAACUGAGCGCAGCCCGCCCCCUGGAGGCCGGGACGAAUCCGUCCAUCACUGAGGGUCCGCUGAACGCAGCAUCACACGUCGCUCAAUACGCAUGCGUACGACUGCCCCUAGAGAGUCCAGCGCCUGCGCAGUGAAUGAUUUAUCCCAUCCGCCCCAUCUGUAUCCGAUCUCUGAGCCUGCGCUGUAAAGGGAAGAGAAAUGGCGUUGAGCGGUUGUUGGCUUCGUUGUCUGAGUCGGGGCGUAGGGAAAAGCCUGCAAUUGGUAGGGAGCUCGGACAAAUAUGUCCGGGCUGCCUCUAGUAUUUCUAAGGAUAUGCUGCCAGGUCCAUAUCCCAGCACGCCAGAGGAAAGAGCACAAGCAGCAAAAAAAUACAAUAUGAGGGUGGAAGAUUAUGAGCCAUAUCCUGAUGAUGGAAUGGGAUUUGGGGACUAUCCAAAACUACCAGACCGGUCGCAACAAGAGCGAGAUCCUUGGUACACAUGGGAUGAGCCCGACCUGCGAAGAAACUGGGGUGAACCGAUGCACUGGGAUUUUGACAUGUUCAUUAGGAAUCGUGUGGACACCUCUCCAGGUCCUGUAGACUGGAGUACUAUGGUCAAAACGUUGGGUGGCUUUGUAGGCUUUAUGCUGUUCAUGUUCUUCCUCGGGGAGUUAUUUCCUUCAUAUCAGCCUGUGGCUCCUAAACAGUAUCCAUACAAUAACCUGUACCUGGAGAAUGGAGGAGCACCUGACAAAGAAAUGCCCGAAGUGCCCAAUUAUAAAAUAUGACCAGUCUUCUUUGUCUGGUUGUCAGGCAGUAUUCAUCUUGGAAUGGUCUCUUAUUCUGUACAGUUAAGAAUGUAAUAAAUAUCUGAAUAUUAA